AUGAGCAGCAAAUACAGCUUUCUGCAUCAGAAACGGAAGAAAAAAUAAGAGAACACAUCUUGGUUCAAAGAUGACAGUUUUUAAGUAAGAUUUCGUUUUUCGUGCGUGAUGUGCGUUUGCCGAGUGCUGCUGAAGGAGUACUGAGGAUGCUGGUAGGAUUUUGCAACAUGCUAAAAUUAUGGGUGUAUAGGAAAGAUUUUGUCGGGCUGUUUUCCUUUGCAAUGGAUCGCUCUGAAAAUUAGACGCAGAGGUGAGGAAGUGGAUUGAUUUUUUUUUUAUUUCAACAACGGAAGAUAUGCAGCCCAUCAUCAUGUUACAAAGGAGGUAGGUGACAUUGUUUGGGGGAAAAAAUUGGAGAGGAGAAUAACCCACUGGAGAUUGCUUUUGUCUCCCCCUAAAAUAUGAUCAGGGGUGCUUGGAUGUAUCGAAGGGAAGAUGAUGCCGUGUUGAAAAUCUGUUGUGCACCCAAACAAAACGACAAACCCUGCGCCGAUUCUGAGAGGGCACAGAAAUGGCGAAUGUCUUUGGCAUCCCUGUUAUUUUUCACCGUCCUUCUUUCUGAUCACCUCUGGUUAUGUGCUGGAGUUAAGCUAAGGUCCAAGGAUAGGAGCUACCGCAAACCCUGGAGCAACGCGACUGACGGGGACCAUCCAGUGCAGAGCGAGAAGUGUGGUAUUUUUCUAAGCAAUCUGACCAAAUCCGCUGCUCCAAGUCCUCAUUGCACUGACGCUCAAAACCACCAACAUCUGGAGUCAGCCUGCACCACCUUGCAUCGACAGAAAACGGGCUUUGGUUCCUCAUUUUCAGCUCCACCAUCGUUGUCGACACAGUUUAUUCUGAGUUAUUUUAGAAAUUUCAGCCUUUCCUUUUGUGACUCUUACGUUAUCUCCGACCUGCUGUUGGGGAUGGCCAACCCAGACAAUUUAAAUUGCAGUCUUCAGAACAUGAUUUGGGAUUUGGGUAGCGGCGGUGGAGAAGACGAGGACGUCUGCAGCACCUGCAUCCAGGCAUACAUGAGACUGGACCAACACGCUCAGGAAAAAUACGAGGAGUUUGACUUCCUCUUUCUCAAGUAUUUAUCAGAGGAGUAUUCAGUCAGAUCACGUACAGAGGACUGUAAGUCAGUCUACAAAGCCUGGUUAUGCUCAGAAUAUUUCAAUGCUACCCAGAGCCAGUGCCACUACAGGAUUCCCUGCAAGCAAUACUGUCUGGAGGUCCAGACCAGAUGCCCAUUUGUGUUACCAGACAAUGACGACUUAGUCUACGGGGGAUUAUCCAGUUUCAUCUGUACAGGGCUACUAGAAAACCAUUUAACUAAUGUAGAGCCAGAAUGUUGCGACGUAAGAUGGACUGGCUGUGACCCGGCAUCGGAGGGUGCCUGCAACGCAUCAACCAAACCCCCCAGCUCCUCCACGUGGCCCGGACGUGCCUCCCAGCCCGUGUCGGCCGCCCCGCGGCUGUGCGGCGGCGGCGGCAGCAGCAGCAGACUCAAACUGUGCGUGCUGGUCCUCAUCCUCUUGCACACCGUCGUCACUUUUUCUACAGUACAGAACAGUGGUGGUAUCACCCUGGAGGCACUCACACCCAUGGAGGAGACCUCCACCAGAGAGGAGUGAAACGUACAUGCCCUCCCCCAGUACCGCUGAAGGGUCUGUUGGAAAAGGAGAGAUGAGGCACAGGGUGGCCCUCGGCAAGCAAAUCAGACAACACAGUUGGAGACGGGGGAGGGGGAAAUAAGGGAAGUGAGGAGGUUCCACUUCCUGUGCGCACCCAGAGGACUUGCAUUUUUCUCUCUGGAAAGGUGUCGUUGUGCUGCUUCCGAGAAGGAACUGGGUACAAGUGGCCUUUUUUUCUCACUGCAUGCAAUAGAGGGUGCUAUGCA